AAGAAGAUGCGCUUAACGCAGACGUUUACGUGUUGACGUACACAUACUUCCGUAGCUCUCUAAGAGAGGAGCAACCGUUUCCAAUUUGACCACAAAUACAAAAUUGUCUUGAACUUCCCGGUUUUCUCUCGAUACUAAAAUUUGAUGCUAAAGAAGCUUGACAGAUCAAUAUGAUCGGAGAGAUUUGAUGUGCUGUAACCGCGAAACUUCCCUCACUCUUCGCAGGUAAAGCUAAAGCUAGCAGCGCGUCAUUGGAGAUAAUUUACUAAAUCAUCGGGUGAUCCGCAGUCAGUUUGUCCUCUGUUAAUUCAGAGCUCAACAAAGGCAGUCAUGGCCACUCGGCGUCUGACCGAUGCCUUCUUGUUAAUGCGGAACAAUGCGAUCCAAAACCGGCAGAUUUUGGCUGAGCAAGUGAGUACAUACGACCCCCGUCUGAGUACACGUAGCAAUGCUGCGGAGCUUGACGAGUUGGCCGAUGACCGGAUGGCUCUGGUCUCUGGGAUCAGUCUGGACCCAGAAGCUGCUAUCGGCGUCACAAAGAAGCUGCCUCCCAAAUGGAUAGAAGGGGUCGACGAGAUCCAGUACGACAUCACACGGAUCCAGCAGAAGAUGAGGGACCUGGCUUUGCUUCACGACAAGCACAUGAAUCGUCCAACGCUGGAUGACAGCAGCGAGGAGGAGCACGCCAUAGAGAUCACUACCCAGGAGAUCACGCAGAUGUUCCACCGAUGCCAGCGAUCCGUGAUGGGCCUGCAGUCUCGCCGGGGCCACUGCACCGAGCAGGAGGAGAGGCUGUUGGUGAACGUGGUGUCGUCCCUGGCUCAAAGCCUGCAGGACCUGUCCACCAACUUCAGGCACACGCAGUCCAGCUAUUUAAAACGUAUGAAGAAUCGGGAGGAGAGAUCGAAGCACUUUUUUGAUUCAGGACCUUUAAUGGAAGAGGAUGAAGAGUUAGCUCUGUACGACAAGGGGUUCACAGAUGAUCAGCUGAUGCUGGUGGAGCAGAACACGGUUCUGGUGGAGGAACGGGAGAGGGAGAUCCGACAAAUAGUGCAGUCCAUCUCGGAUCUGAAUGAGAUUUUCCGGGAUUUGGCGGGAAUGGUGGUGGAGCAGGGAACUGUUCUGGACAGAAUUGACUUCAACGUGGAGCAGGCUUGUGUAAAAACAGAAGACGGACUGAAACAGUUACAGAAGGCGGAGCAGUAUCAGAAGAAAAACAGGAAGAUGCUCGUCAUUUUGAUCCUUUUCGUCAUAGUCCUCGUUCUAAUCAUUAUUCUUUUUGGAACAAAGUUUAAGUGAAGCAUUCCUCCGGCUUCGUGUCCAUCUGUUUGGGUUUUUGUCGCGUGUCUGUUUGGACUUGGACUCUUCUGGAUUCGUCUUGAAGCCGUCAAGAAGAAUUCAACAUCCCUCCAAGUGCAUUUUCAGCGGCGUGGAGAUGCUUUCUGGUUGCUGUCGAAUGAAAGAAGCGAAUCUUCAGUCUGGUUAAACACGAAGACUCUUGACAGAAGCCCCGUCCGCGCUGACAUAUCUGUGUCUUAACGAAAGGAAAACCCCUUUAAUGUUGAAGUACUCGUGAUAAACUGCUACAACGGAGCAUUUUCUGUCGAAGCACAGGUGGUGAUGAAGACCAGUGACUUCUGUCUAAUAUUAAGUAAUUUGGUUUCUGAUGGGGACAAGAGUUGGUAAAAAAAAUCAAUGCAUUAGGUGGGAUUUCACUGCUAAUUCACUCUCAGCUCAGCGUUAUAUUUACAUCUCAGUAUUUGACUUUUUAAAGAUGUAAAGAGGAUAAUAUUAGCAUUUGGGUUGAUUAGAGAAGCUGGUUAGUUCCAAAAAAAAAAAUCCUUUGUUUUAUCAACUCCCUAUUUUAUUUAAGUGGCUCUAAUAUUAAUAAUAUUUUAGUCUUCUGUCACAUUCGCUACACUUUGAAUGAAGUGCUUGUUGUAAAAACACUUGUUUUUAUAUUCUGCGGUCCAUGCAUAAAGUGCUACCUUUUUAAGCUCUUGCAGUUUGCACAUAUUGAGGGCCUAAGAGGAGAGAAACGUUAUGAUGUAAGACUACUGUUGCUUGUAUGAUAAAAAAAAAAGAAUUAUUUAUUUUCUGAUACCUUCAAAUAAUCCAGAGGUGUUUCCUGUAGAUUUACUGUAGACUGAGUAGAGUAUGUUUAAAAUAAAUCCACUCCACUGAAAACUGUGACGUUGUCCAACGCAGGCAGUCGUUUGAAGAUAUCCUCAUCAGUUUUAGGAUGAUUAUUAUUGUUUCUAUUUCAGUUUGGACACAUUUCAUUCGAGUGUGUUUCGAAUUCUCCUCAUGUACUUUCUCAUUUUAAAGACUGAGAAGCUUAAAUAAUGGCUUUACUAUCUGUACUUAAACCUACACUUUAUACAACUGUCCAAUCAUCUUUGUCGUUGAUGUGGAGUUUUUGUUUGUGACGGACAAAAUGGUCUUUGUGGUACUACAUGUAUGCUUUGGUUUUUGAAGUGAAACAUUGGAGGACAUGGCUGCUUUUUUUUUUUUUUUUUUUAAGAAAAUAAAGCUGAAAUAUGG